AUGGGUUGGGCCGGCCCUGGCGGCGGCGGCGGCGGCGGCUCUUCCCGUCUCGCGCGCCCUGGCGGCUCCGCUCGCGCUGCGUCUCGCGCGCCGUCUCCGUCCCGUCCGUGCGCGCGUGGCGUGCGCGGGGGGGGGGGGGGGGGGGGGGGGGGGGGGGUGGUGGGCGUGGCCAGCGGGAGGAGGGAGGGGCGGGGCGCAGCCAGUGAGAGCGGCGCGCGGGCCGCCCGGCCUUCCGCCCCGGCGGCCAAUGGGAGGGCGCCGUCCGCUCCCGCACUGGGGCCGAGCGUGCGCCGGGCAUGGAGCGGGCGCGCGGCCGGACACGCCCCCGGCCCGGGCGCGGCGGGAGCGCCCCGGGGGGGCGGGAGGCGCGGAAAGCCCAUCACGGAUCCCGCCCGCGCUGAGGGCGACGGCCGAGAGGGCGCCGGGAGGUGCGGCGCGUCCGUGAGCGGCCGGGGCCGCGCCGGUGCCCUGUGCCGCCGGAGCGGGAGCAGCGCCGCGGGCUCGGUGCUGUCGAGGUUCGCUGCCCGGGGUGCCAGGGCAGAGCGGGAAGCGCCGCGCCCGAGGUGCUCCCUGCCAGCCCGGUAG